AAAAUUUCCAGUUUUUAUUGUAUUACUCCCGUUUUAUGUAACUCCACAUUUUUACUAAGUGCCAAAAAUAAUUAAUAUCUUAUCACAUACAAAAAUAUAAAAAAUUGUUCUUGUUCGAUUUCUUCUUGAUUAAUAAACAAAUUUUGUGCCUGAGGCAACUGAUACAGGAAUUCAAUCAAGUAUAUCUUAGUUUCCACUAUGUCCACAUUGGUGUCAGUAGAUGAGCGUAUGUUAAAAGGAAUAAGAAGAAUAAUUCCAAAUUUAAACAACACCAAGUACAAAGGUCAGGAUGGCAGGAUUGGCAUAUUUGGUGGUAGUAAUGAAUAUACAGGUGCACCAUAUUUUGCUGCAAUGAGUGCUCUGCGUACUGGAUGUGACUUAGUACAUAUAUUUUGCACAAAGGAUGCAAGCAUUCCUUUAAAGUCAUAUAGCCCAGAGCCUAUUAUCCAUCCAGUCUUAGACCAGUAUGAUGCAAUUAAGCAAAUAAGACCAUGGCUGGAUCGGUUACAUGUAAUUAUUAUUGGACCUGGUCUUGGUAGAGAGGACAAAAUAUUCAAAACAAUUGUGGAACUUAUUUCAAUUUGUCGUGAAAUGAAAAAACCAUUGGUGAUAGAUGCUGAUGGAUUAUUCUUAGUCAGCCAGAAACCUGACAUCAUAAAAGAGUAUCCAGGUGUUAUUCUUACUCCAAAUGCUAUGGAGUUUAGCCGUUUGGUGAAAGGAGUACUUGACAAAAGUAUUCAACCUACUCCAAUGGUUAAAGCCAAUGAUGUUAAACAUUUGGCAGAUGCUCUUGGGAAAAAUGUAGUAAUUUUGCAUAAAGGAGCAAAGGAUGUAAUAGCAGAUGGUCACAAAGGUACUGAAGCUGUGUCAUGUGGACUGGCAGGAUCUGGAAGAAGGUGUGGAGGACAGGGAGACCUAUUGGUUGGGGCAUUGGCUGUAUUUUGGUGGUGGGCUAUUUGUGCAGGAAGUAGUGAAAGUGCUGUGUCAGCUCCAAUAGCUGCUAGUUAUGCUGCAUCUAGAUUAGUUAGAGAAUGCAACACAUCUGCAUAUAAGAUAAAACAGAGAGGAACAUUAACAUCUGAUAUGAUAGAACAGAUACAACCUGUUUUUGCUAGAAUCUUUGAAACUCACUGUAACAAAACCUCUUCGUUCAAUGGGAGAAAUCGAACACGAAGCACUGAUGAUUGAAAUGUACUUGUAUUUUCUAAUAUUUCAAUAUAAACAACUAACUUAUG